AUUUAUAUUUGCAGAUGCUCCGCACUCUAAUACUAUUCACUUGCAUCACAUAUACAUUAGCAGUUCGUUGCUAUGAUUGCUAUGACACUGGUCCGGAUCACACCACUUGCACUGAGGAUCGAAGUUGUGAAGGACUUGCAUGCAUGAUAUUUGAUGCUGGAGACAAUGCCACAGCUACAGCAUUCUGUUUAUUGGCGAUGAGAGGAGGUGAAAGUAUCACUCAAAAAAGCGGUUGCUGGUUGGAACCAGAUGGUCGCGGUAGGCAUUGCAUGUGCCAUGAAGAUUUCUGCAAUCGCCUAGUUCCACGGGGGAAACAAUCACCAACUGAUCCAAUGGUACCACUGUUGCCAAAUGCAGAAUUUCUCAAGCAAAAUCCAUUGUUAGAUUAUCAUGAUCAUCUUGGAGAUUCAUCUGAGGACGGUGCAGCUCCAAGGCCUGAGAAUAUUUUGUUCCCCUCGGCCGUCGCGAAAGAUCCAAAAGUUGCUGGUGGAUCAGACGACGAUGAUUUGGUGCCAGUCGAUUUUGCAGAUUAUGAUCGGGAACUUUCGGCUAAAGAACCGAAGUCACAGACACCCAGCAGUGUAUCCGUUCACCCACCAGCUUGGAUGUUGAUGACGAUGACAUUGGCCACAUCAUUGGCUCGCCUUUUCGCUUAAAUCGAACCUCUCUCCCUUUAAUCCCUGCCACCGUAAUCUCACUACCUUUACUAGCAGUAGAAAGUUGAAUGUUCUGUUGAACUAGUCACUUUACCAGACAACUUCUAAAUUUUACUAUAAAAUUUGUUCCAAAGAGCUUGAUUCAUUUUUACCCUGAGAUUAAUGAAAAUAAUAAGGACCUAAGAAUAACUGUGAUACUUAUAAGGUCUAUUAAAAUUUUCCCGGAAUUUUUUUAACGCUGUAAAAUUGAAUAAUAUGUGAAUGACCUGCUCUGAUUUUAUUUUGUACAGUAUUCGGGUUCUGCCAGAUCGGUUGGUCAAUUUACAAAUACACUGCACAUAAUAGUUUUUUAUAUCAUAUGUAUAGGCAUUGAAUUUUGUCAUUCCGAUUCAUUGUACUGCAUAGAUUCACUUUUUUUAACAUCUUCGUCAUAAUUAAGUAUUUAUAAUGUCUUUCUCAU